GCAAAAAUAGACUGACACAGUUCACUAAUAAAAGAAUAAUUCUCAAAGGGGUAGCUUUGCAUUGUAUAGAGAUUAGAGAGGUGUUCACCAUCCCUUCUCCCCUUCUCGCGUGGGGUGAGACCGUGAGAGGAGUUGUCAUCUAUUUUUUCGUUUUUCUUCCUCAAAAUCCUCUUGAAUCAUCCGCUCCCUCUUCGAUUCUUGCCUGAACAUCGAAUAUUUUAGAUACCCAUAUUCUCAACUUCACCUGUUCGCAGGUUCUUCAGUCCCCCCCUCCCCCCUAAAAAACGUCCUUCCCCUUUCUUUUUCUGAUACCCAUCUGCUGAAGAUAGCGUUUUGGUGAAUGCCCAUCUGCCCGAAAACGAAAUAUUGUGUUUUCUGAUACCCAUCUGCAGACAUCCGAAUCAAUGAAAGAAAUGGUUUUGGGUGCCCUGGAAACCUGAAGGAGUCUUCGUGUGCAAGCUUAUCAAUGGCAAGAAGAAGAGUGCAAGGUGUUGAAGGCAAAGGGAAUGGGUUCUUCUCGAGUUCUGGAAUGGGCUUACAGUGGAAUCUGCAAGACGACUGUUUUCACCCAGGAGGCCUAUUUGCAAGCGUCGGUCAGGUGGGAAUGGGAUUUGGCGUUUCUCCCAAUUCUCCAAAGCCAAGAGACAAUGGUUUGAAGCUUCCAUACACCGACCUAUAUGUCAAGUAUGUCUCUUCACCGGAAUCUGGGAUGCGGAUUGUUGGGAUUCCGCCAGAGACGGCGGCGACGGAUGAGGCCGCGGAGGAGUUGGAAGGAGUAACCAAGAAGAAGAGGAAGGGUGGCCUAAAACUUAAGUUGAAGAUAAGGAAUCCUUCGCUGAGGCGGUUGAUCAGCGGAGCGAUCGCCGGUGCUGUCUCGCGGACGGCGGUUGCCCCUUUGGAGACGAUAAGGACGCAUCUGAUGGUUGGGAGCAGUGGGCAUUCAACAACUGAAGUGUUCAAUACUAUCAUGAAGAAUGAUGGUUGGAAAGGCUUGUUUCGGGGUAAUUUUGUGAACGUGAUUCGGGUUGCUCCGAGCAAGGCCAUAGAGUUGUUUGCUUAUGAUACAGUUAAAAAGCACCUCUCACCAAAACCCGGGGAGCAACCCAAACUCCCUGUCCCAGCUUCAUUGGUUGCGGGAGCUUGUGCAGGAAUUAGCUCAACCUUGCUUACUUACCCUCUUGAGCUACUCAAGACUCGAUUAACCAUACAGGGGGAUGUGUACAACAGCUUGCUCCAUGCUUUCAUGAAAAUUGUGCAAGAGGAGGGACCUGCAGAGCUAUACAGAGGUCUCACCCCAAGUCUAAUCGGCGUAAUCCCAUAUGCUGCCACCAAUUACUGUGCAUAUGAUACAUUACGGAAAGCUUACCGGAAGAUUUUCAAGCGGGAGGAUAUCGAUAACCUUGCAACCCUCCUUAUUGGGUCUGCAGCUGGUGCAAUCUCAAGUAGUGCAACUUUCCCACUUGAGGUGGCUCGCAAGCACAUGCAGGUGGGGAAUGUGAGUGGCAGGCAGGUAUACAAGAGUAUGCUUCAUGCUCUGAUUAGCAUACUAGAAAAGGAAGGGCUCCCAGGCCUUUACAAGGGGUUAGGCCCAAGCUGCAUGAAGUUGGUCCCUGCAGCUGGGAUUUCAUUCAUGUGCUAUGAGGCGUGCAAGAGGAUAUUGGUGGAGAAUGAGCACGAAGCAUAGUAGUAGUGUCCAUAAACAGGAAGGUGGGUGAGGCAUUGGUGAAUGGUGAAGAGGCUUUUUGAAGAAAUAAGUGACGACGCUGAGUUAUUUUUUAUAUGCUUCUGUGGACAAAUGAGGAAGCGCAUACAUACAAUGACAUUUAUUUUGGGUUCAUUCAAAUAUACAACUUUCAUCUGUUUUUUUCUUCCCUUGUCAAAGGAUUCAUUCAAUUCAUCCCAAGCCCCAAAUUUAAUGCGCUAUGUUAUGGUGAGAACUGGAACCGAUUUUGAAGCCUUCCUUUUUUUUC